AUGUCGAAUAUAAAAGUUGCAAUUCGUAUACGUCCUAUGUGUCAUAGGGAAGUUAAUUUAAAUUUAAAAAAUAUUGUUUCAAUUACACCUGACAAGAAAAUUUCCGUAAUUAACGCAAAGGUACCUGAAAAUAAUGCAGGCGACAGUCGAGAACGUGUUAAACAAUUUUCAUUUGAUUAUUGUUUUGGAGAAAAUAGUACACAAAGUGAGGUCUUCCAACAGUUAGGAGAUUCUAUAAUACAAUCAGUAAUUAGUAAAUACAAUUGUUGUGUAUUGGCAUAUGGUCAAAGUGCAACGGGGAAAACAUAUACCAUGAUGGGUAACGAAUUUAAUUUUAAAAUUAGUUUUUUAGAAAUUUAUAAUGAACGUGUACAAGAUUUAUUGUGUGAUCAUAAUAAAAUUGGAAAAUUAUUACGAGUGCGUGAACAUCCAAAAAAAGGACCCUAUGUUGAAGGCUUAAAAGAACUAUCUGUUGAUAAUGUAACAGAAUUACUACAUUGGAUUAAAAGUGGUGAAAGUUUGCGACGUGUAGCAUCCACAUUAAGCAACAAAUGUUCCAGCCGGAGUCAUUCUGUGUUAACGAUUUCAUGUCGUGUUUAUUCAAACACAUCAGCCAGUAAUUAUUCUUCAAAUCGGCAUCAUACAUUGAGUCAAAUACAUUUAGUUGAUUUAGCUGGCAGUGAGCGAGCAUCAAGUGUUCAAAACAGUACAUGUCGCUUAAAAGAAGGUGCAAAUAUAAAUCGAUCGUUAGUUGCAUUGGGUAAUGUGAUAUCUGCAUUAGCUGAUAAUACAUCAAGUCAUGGAUCACGCUUUGUACCAUAUCGAGAUUCAAUUUUAACAUGGCUGCUAAAAGAAACUUUAGGUGGAAAUUCCAACACAUUUAUGAUUGCUACGAUAUCGCCAUCCAGCUCAUGCUACAGUGAAACUGUAAAUACUUUACGAUUUGGACAGCGUGCAAAGCAUAUUAUAAAUGAGCCAUUAAUAAAUGAAGAUCCAACCAUUCGAAUUAUACGAGAAUUGCGUGAAGAAAUUGCUUAUUUAAAAAGUUUAUUGCAAAAUCAUAAUAACGGUGUAUCAAAUAUGGGAAGUAUUUUACAACAAAUUAAACCACAGCGAAAUCCUCAAUCAGAAACAAACAACUCACAACCAAAUAGCAGCAACAGCAGCAGCAUAGAAUUGGCAGAAACUAGCCAAGAAGUACCCAUCGCAUCAACGGUUCCAUUAGAAAUACAAUCCAAGGAAUUGAAUUCGCCAGAAAAUUUAAAAGUCCCUCCAUCUGAUAAUAGUUUACGUAGAACAUACAGUGCAGCUGAAAUUCAACGAAAGCAAGACAAAAAACUUUCUAAUCGUUAUACAUCACACGAAGCAUUAAUUGAAAGUCCCCCAUCUAGUGAAGAAACUUUUGAAAUAUCAAAACCAGAAACACAAAUCCCAAGCGAAAGUGGUAGUCAGACUAGCUUAGCUGAAAUUCAAAAAACGAAUGCAAUCAAAGAUGCAAUAAAAACUCAUAAACAAAAUAAACGUUCAGAAAUCGUUGCAUCCGUUACAGAAAGAUUAUAUUCACAGGGUGUACAAAAGAACAAUUCACGUUCAAGUAGCAGUAGCGUUAUGUCAGAUUUAAGCACAAAUGCACGAAAUCGAUUACAACAAAUCAGUUUAAAAGCACUGAGUGCAAGUCGACGUUCAAAACGCCAACAAGUACACGUUGGAACUCAAACAAAUCUGUUAAAAACUAUUCGAGUUCGAGAAAUUGGCAUCGACACUCAGAAUGAUAUAAACACAGUGUUACAAUUAACAAAAGAUAUAUCGAUUGAGACAUCUUUAACAAAUUCAACACAAAAUGUCGCUGUUGGUUCGGAUAACAUUUUAUUAUUUGAUAAAACUAUUGAAACUUUAACAAAUAAACCAGCGUUUAAAUUAACACGUAGUUGUGGAAACAUAACAGACGACUUAGCUUUACUAAAUAAUGAUGACGAUAAUUUUAAGUCGAAUUCAUUAACUACAUCAAAUAAAUUAAAAUCUAAUAUUUCAUUUACGAAGUACAUAACAAAUACACAAACUCAAACCUUAUCGAAUGAAAAUAUAAUUUUAUUCAAUUUAAAUUCAAAUAAAACUCGAAAUAAAACCACUAAUGUUAAUAUAAUUAAUUUAAAUUGUAGUAACCAAUUUGAAUAUUCAUCAGCGGAUGAAUCAAUUUCAGAUGAUAGUUUGGAUGGUAAUAUAAAUUUACCAUCAAAAUAUCAUACAACACCAGAUUUACUAAACAAUCAUAACAAUACACUUGAAGCCACAAAACAGUUACGUGUAAAUUAUGCUUUACAAUUUGGUAAUAUUGAAUAUUUUGAGACAGCAAGUGAACAGAUAUGUUCUAAUGAGUAUCAUUUACACUAUGCAUGGAUAACACAUGAAAAAGAUUGGGAGUAUGCAACUGUUAACAUAGUUCAAACGUAUCGCAUUGAAUAUUGUACAGCUGAAAUAAAAACGGAAAAAAUACCAUUGGAAAAAGUACAAUAUUUUAAAGGUAAUUCAAUGCAAACGCCUGUUCAAGUUGAAGAAGAUUUUGAUGAACAAAUCUCUCUUCCUAAACAGGAACAUUCUAAAUGUUGUUGCAAGACAAAUCAACAAAUUGACAGUCAAUUGUUCACAGCAUCUGCGAUGAAUUUUAUAUCUGAAGCAACUUACUAUUUAUCAACUUUAAGCGAAAAAAUUUCUAAUAAAUGUAAAUGUAAUAAUUCAUUCGAUAUAGCGGUGCAAACAAACACUAUACAAGAUUACGAAAUAGAAACUAGUACGAAUUUUAUAAUGCCUAUAAAUCAGUGGGAACUACCUUUAGAACAAUCUUGCAAUAGUUUAGAAACAACGCUUCGAAAUAUGGAUGAACAUGAUAAAAUUCGUUUAAGUAGAACAACAUAUUCAAAUCAUAGACGUACAUUAUCGAGUCCUCGAUUGUAUUUACAAGAGUUACAAAGUUUAAGAAAGCAAUUAGUUGAAGAAACUCGACGAAAUAUAUCAAAAAUUAAUCAAGAUUAA